GGCGGCGGCUCGAUUAUGGUCGAUUCGCGCGACAUUGGUUUACAAAAUGGCGGUGCGUUUGGCGGACCGCGCGCGCCAAGGGUACCGUAAAAUGCGCGACGGCGGCUUUCGAGCUUUUCAGUUUUCGGGCUAAUCGUUGGUCAGCCGCAGUCGCGGAUAUCGACGGUGGGCAUUUUUUUUCCCGCCGCCGGCCAGACGGAAACUUGAAAUACAAUUAUUACGAUCGACGGUUUCUGUAUAUAUGUUUACGCGCCGUCGACUCCGCGAGUCUCGGCUGAUGACGAUUGACAAUAGACAUUCAUUUCGUUUUUGAUAACUCGACAUUGACACCGUCCGACCGUCGUUGUCGUCGCCGUCGUCGAAAACUCGCAGCGACGAUACGACACGGUUUAAAAUAAAUACUACCUAUGAUUAUUAUUUCGUCGUCGCCGAGGACGUGACUAGAUUCUGAAAAUUUGACCCUACGGCCUAAUGCCAACAAUAUUGAUGACGAUGAUGAUAAUCGAAACAAAGGCCCUGUAGGUCUUCAAGCGCGGCACCGGCUCACCUCUGUAAUAGGCAUUUUUAAGUACCUAUAAAAAAUACAAACUAGUAAGAUGUCUUCUGCUUUAGAAGAAAGGGAAGAACAAAGUUUAAAAUGUUUUAUAUGCAAUAUCAAAGUUACUACUCGUUCGUCAUACGAUAUUUAUUGUACAUUUAUGCCUCAAAGAGAAUUGUUGUUAAUAGAUGUUAUGUCAAAAAUACUUAAAAAGGUUUUGAAUCCUUCUCUUAUGAGAAGCUCUGUAUUGUGUCGAAGGUGUUUUACACUUUUUGAUGAGUUAGAUCAGAUAUCUACACGUUACAAAAAGCUUCAAACCGACAUUAUUAAACGUUACACUUCUACAUGUGUUGAAUAUAAAGACGCUACUGAUUUUAAUGUUGUUGAUAGUAUGGUUCAAACAAAAAUUGUUGAACUUUCACAGAGUGAACUAGAAAAUGAUGAUGCAUCCUUUAAUGAUGAUGAUGAAAAUAGCGAAAAAUCAUCCGUUGCUCUAAAUGAGAUUGUUGAGAAUAUCAUAAAUAGCAUACAAGCCGAUGAAACUAUGGACAACGAUGACAGCUCUAAAGAUUGUACUUCUGAUACUACAGAAGAUAAAAUUCUACUUAUUAAUAAAAAUGAUACAGAACAUAUGGACACAGUAGACAUCAAGCACACAGCAGAACCAAUAUAUGAAACAAAAUUAAAGAAACAUAGUGUUGCCAGUGUUGGUAUUAAUUACAAAUGUGAGAAUUGUGAUGUUUCUUUUGAACGAGCUACUGAUUUAAAGAAUCAUUUUACCAUGGUUCACCAAAGUCCAAAACUAUUCUUUUGUUCAUCUUGUGAUAAAAGCUAUUCAACCAAACAAGCAUUGAACAAUCAUUUGUCCAAAGAGCAUCAGACUUUGGAUAAAGAGUCAAUUAAUGAUCAAGUUGAUACAAUUUCUCCAAUUAUUAAAACUGAAAAUGAAACCUCUCAAUGUGGUGAUACGGGUUCAAUCAUAGUCACUGAAGCUAAUGUUGAUUAUUUAAAUCAGUCUCCUCAAGGUGUGAUAAUUGAUGUGAAACCUGAUUUUUCUAUUGAUAAUAGCAUGUACUUGGAGGAAAUAGUGCAGGAAGAAAUUGGAGAUGAUGAUUUUGAAUGGAAAGAAGAUCAACAAAAUAACUAUAUUGAAGAAAACAUCAUCGAAGAUAGUUUAAGUGCAGUUGACGAAGCUAGAGCUCCUUCAUCUGGAUCAGAAAAAUCUGAUAAUAGAUUAAAAAAAGGACGGAACAAAAGGGGUAGUUCACGUUCUGGUGAACGCGCGUGUUUACCGGCCAUACAUAGUUGUGUACUUUGUGACAAAAAAUGGAGGACAGUGACAGAGUUAAAAUCUCAUAUACAAUCACACAGUGGUUUGAGGCCUUAUGUUUGCGAGAUAUGUGGUCAAGCCUAUAAAAUGAAAAAAGCUUUAGAUGUGCACAUUGGAAUGCACAAUGGCAUACAUCCUUUUACUUGUGAAUACUGUAAUAAGUCUUUUACACAAAAAGUUGGUCUACAAAAGCAUAUUCCCAUUCAUACUGGAUAUACACGGUUUCAAUGUGAUUUGUGUGGGAAGCGGUUUAUUCAUCAAAAAAGUUUUCACAUACAUACAAUGACUCAUACCGGGGAAAAACAUGUUAAAUGUUCCGAAUGUGGUUUGGCUGUUUUAUCUCAAUCACAUCUUAAGCGCCAUUUAAGAGUCCACACUGGAGAGCGACCAUAUGCUUGUCCAAUAUGUGGUAAACGUUUUGCAGAAAAGUAUAACAUGAACGCUCAUGUGCAUAUCCACAAUAAUAAUGGAGGAAUUGGGCCUAAGAGAAACAGAAAUCAUGUAUGUCCAUUGUGUGGUAUGAGUUAUGAUCGAAAACACAAACUUGAAUAUCAUUUAUCUUCAGCGCAUAACAAAAUUGAUAAUAAACCUUUUCUAGAUAUAGAAUUAGUGCAACUACAACGACCAAAAAUUGAAUACUUUCAAGAAAAUUCUCAAGGUAACCAAAUCAUAACUAUGGAUAAAAAUGAUAUUGAUCACAAUAGUGGUACUGCAAUGAUAACAGUGAGUGGUGUCAAAGUUCCAAUAUCCUUAGAUGGUGCUCCACUUAUGGUUGCUACAAUGCCACCGCCGCCUCAUCCUAUCAGCCUUGUAACACACAACAUACCAGCUGCAGGUUCUCUUCUCACUUACAGGCCAUCCAACACAAAUAAUAAUAAUGAUCAACAGUUGGCUGAUAGUUCACAGAACGCAUAUAUGUCACAAAAUCCUGUUACAAUAGAAUUGUCUUAAGAUAGUAAGUUUAUAGAUAUAAAUAAGAUGGAGGACUGCAACCUCAAAAAUCACUUAAGACCUCACUCAGAGAUUAUGCUAAUCCGUUAAACUCUAAAUCUAAUGUUAUAUACUGAUAUAGAAUUCUAGAUAAUAGUUUCAAUUAUCUGCUAAAUACUCACAUUUCUUGAAAUUAUUGAUGUAAUUUAUGUUGCCUAUGUCUAGUAAGUUAGUGUCAUGCACAAUCCUAUUCUUAUUCUUAAUAAAUAAUGAUAUAAAGCAAUUAAUUUUUUUAACAGUCUAUACAUAUGUGUGGAUAAAUUAAUAGUUGCUAUUACAAUUUAUUUGAUAGAAAUUCGCUCCACGACAUAGUUCCAUGAAUACUAUUAAACAUAUUAAAAAUCUAUGAUGUUAUACAUUAGUUAGAUAGUAAGAAAAAUAUAUGUUGGAUUUUGGGGAGACUGAUCAAUAAUAAAUAAAUAAAUAAAUAAUACCUGCAAGCAUUAUUAGUAAUUACUACCCUUUAUUAAAUUGUUACAAAUAUAAAACACACUUCAAUGUUAUAUACACAAUGUUACAAGUUUACAACGCACGCACUAUUUUCUCACUUACUGACUGCUCGCUACUCUUGUAUAUGCCCAUUGCUACACACACUUUACGUACCAGGACAACAUCUAGUGCUGUAAGAUAAAAACCCCACAUAUAUUUGUUGAAUCCUUACUUUUAAAAAAUAUUUUAGUAAGCUUAACAUUUUAAAAAUAUUUGUUUUGUGCUAUAAUAUUUUAAAUGAUUUUAACUGUAUUAUUUGUGUAAAAUAUAUCAUUAAAUUUUUUUUAAUUAUAGAGUAUCCAAAAAAAAACUCUUAAUGAUCAAAAAUAAAAGUUAUUAAACAAUUAUGACUUUUGACUAUUGAUUUAAGUUUGAAAUAUUUAAAUUACAGCUACGAAUUAUUAGUUAUAAAAAAAUAUCAAAUUUCAUAAUGGGCUAUUCGACCAUUAAUUUUUAGUUAUUGAAAACAAUUGUUAUAAGUACAUGUAUUGUAAGCUUAAGUUGA